CUCUCUCUCACACCCAAUAUUUCUGCGCCCCUUCUUUGUUGGGGUUGAGUCCAUUCGAUCGGUCUCGAGAGCAUAUAAGGUGGGAAUGGGAGAAUCCUCUGGUUCAAAACCCUGUCUUGAUGCUGACAUCUGGGCUAAGCUUGUUCCAGCAGACUCAAGGUACUCAGUUGUUGACAUUGGAUCAAAUGAGACUGUUGUCUACUCAGAGAUCUCAUGCUCUUCCAGAAACAAGCAUGAGUGGUGCAAAAUAACUAGGAGUUUAAAUAAAUCUUCUGCUAUGAUUCAGAACAAGAGCUCAACCACGAUUCUUAUUGAUGGAGCGAUUGUUCAAAGUGAAGACAUUAUGCUCAUACAGUCUGGAACUGAAAUUAUUCCAGGGCCUGAUAGAGAAGGGCAUCUGAGCUAUAGAUUUGAAAUGAUCCCCGCUGCAGAGCGUUGUGAGAAGCGGUUAAAGAUCUCUAUAGACAUUGAAAAUGCAAAAUGUGGCAUUUGCUUGAACAUAUGGCACGACGUCAUCUCCGUUGCCCCUUGCCUUCAUAACUUCUGCAAUGGAUGCUUCUCUGAGUGGUUAAGGAGAACUCAAGAGAGACAUGUGACAGUACUCUGUCCCCAGUGUAGAGCAGUUGUGCAGUUUGCUGGGAAAAAUCACUUUUUACGUGAGGUUGUGGAGGAUAUACUGCAAGCUGAUACUUCCCUAAGACGGUCUAAAGAAGACGUUGCCAUUUUAGAUUCACACUCGUUGAUCCAAUCAAAUCUGGUUAUAAGCAGUGGAAGAAAACGUAAAAGACCUCCCUUGGCAGCUGAUGCGCAAACUUCUGGUCUUGAUCUUUCAUGCCCACAAUGUGGCACUGAAUAUGGUGGGUUUUGCUGCAAUCAGGAUACCGUCCACAUACCAUGUCAAGCAUGUGGAGGAAUGAUGCCUUCCAGAUCAAACAUUAGUGUACCACAACACUGUUUGGGAUGCAAUAGAGCAUUUUGUGGUGCUUACUGGCACUCUCAAGGGGUUGCAAGAGUUGAAGGUCACCCUCUUUGCGUGUAUGCCAGUUUUAAACCUAUCAUGGAGCGGUCUAUCUCGAGAAUUCCAUUCACUGCGCAUGAAACAAAUAGAUGUGAGCAAGAUAUCACAGAGAGGUCAAUUAGACAACUGGGAAGAACACUCCAAGAUGUUAUCUCUGAAUGGAUUGGAAAAUUUGACAAUCGUGAAAUAGAUCGAUCCAGGGUGCCACUUAAUCAUGCUGAGAUGAUAACUGCUGCAACACAUAUAUGCAAUGAUUGUUACGACAAAUUGGUAUCCUUCCUCUUGUACUGGUUCCGCUUUUCAAUGCCUAAAUGUCUUCUACCACCAGAUGCAUCCAAGAGAGAAGAUUGUUGGUAUGGAUAUGCAUGUCGGACGCAGCACCACAGUGAGGAACAUGCUCGGAAAAGAAAUCACGUUUGUCGUCCAACCCGGGGCACUCAUCCGUAGGCCUUGUGUCGUGAAUGCAUCCUAUGCGGUUCUUCUGACCUGCUGGCUGGUGAUUACUGCGGCGGUGAUUGACAUCACUUGGACAUCGUUGCGAUCCGUACUUGUGCAUCGAUAGCUGCCUAGUUCUUAUGUGUUAGACAUGUUACCUACGCAGAUCAUGACCUUGCAACGAAAUGCAUGCAUUGUUUCUAGUAUACUGUUAAGGAUUGCACAUCACUUCAGAUCUCUGUAAAAUUAAGAUUCGGAGAACCUAGAUGUACGACAUUGUUCAUGCCAUUUGAACGAGAUAGAAGAGGAGGGAGGCAUUUAUAGA